AUGGCUUCUUCUCGUCCACCCAACCCGACUCAAAUCCCAAACAAUCUGCCUGGCCUCACCACCCACAUCACCGGUCACGACGAAAACACCGGCAAAGCCAUCGUCAAAGACAGCAGACCGGGCAACUGGACCGUCUUUGACGACAAGCUCAUGGGCUUCAACGUGGUUUACACGACCUCUGAAUUCCCACCAGACCUCAACAACGACCGUGAUCUCAAGACCCACGACGAACUCCUCUCCAGUGGGAAGCUCGGUCUUGUCAACUCCAAUGGCACCGUUUGCCGGGUCGUCGACAUGGCGCCGGGAUACGAGUGCAUCAUGCACAGAACUCAGAGUCUGGACUACGGCAUUGUCCUCGAGGGUACGAUUGAGAUGGUUCUAGACAGCGGCGAGAGGAAGUUGAUGCAAAGGGGCGACGUGGCGGUGCAGCGAGCCACCAUGCACGCGUGGAAGAACACCAGCCAAACGGAAUGGAGCAGGAUGAUCUUUGUGUUGCAGGACUCUAAGAGCUUGGAGAUUGGAGGCAAGGCCAUGAAGGAGGACUUGGGCAAGGGUGUCGAGGGGUUGCCGCCGAGUGGGAAUGACUCCUAG